CUCUCCACUACUCCCUCUGGGCUGUAGCCUACAUGUAGCAAGGCGAGACACGAACAAACCAAGCACGGCGCACUCCUCCGCCCAUCCAAUGGAAUCGACGCAAGGUGCGCGGCGCCCCGCUCCCCGCCACUAGCCGACCGAGGCCUAGGCCUCCGACAUCAUGCUCCUGCUCCAGCCCCCUCGCUUCCUGCCGCUCCCACGAUGCCGCCUCGCCGGCCGCCGCCGCCGCCGCGCUCCCGCGCCGGCCCUCGCCUUCCACUCCCAGUGGAAGCUCCCCGACGUCGACACCGAUGCGGUGCAGGAGCGGGUGCGGUCGUGGCUCUCCAAGGCGCGGGGCGCGGUCGUCGACGCCGCGCAUGCGGCGCGGGACAGGGGGAAGCACAAGGAGGAGGCCGAGGGGAGGACGAAGCAGCGGAAGGAGGAGGUGGAGGAGCAAGCGGUCUUCAUGGUGCCGGAAAUCACCGUGGAGCGGCGAGUCGGCCGUGGAUGGCUCUCCCUCGACGCCGUUGUCGCCAUCGAGCAAUUUGCUAGGUUGAAUGGGUUGACUGGGCGGAAGUUGCAGCGGAUCUUUAAAGCACUCGCUCAUGAGCAUGUCCAUAGUGAUGCUCGAAGUCUAGUUGAAUAUUGCUGCUUCCGGUACUUGUCGAGAGAUAACUCCAGCUUUCAUCCAAGUUUGAGGGAGGUUGCAUUUCAAAGGCUUAUCUUUGUCACUAUGCUUGCAUGGAAAGAUCCAUAUGAUGAAGACAAUGAUCCACAUUCUUCACUAGAAAACUACUCUGUACUGGGAAGACUUGUUGGAGAAGACGCCUUUGUUCGCAUUGCUCCCGCCGUGGCAGGUGUUGCUGAUGUUUCAACCGCUCAUCAUCUCUUUAGGGCCCUUGUUGGCACGGAAAAGGGACUUACAUUGGAUCUGUGGACAACAUACCUUGGUGAACUUUUGAAGGUUCAUCAUGGGAGGCAAACACAUAAAAUUGGAGAUAAUUUUCUGUCUGACGAGCAAGUCCUGUGCAUCGGUUCUAGUAGAAAGAGACCUGUUUUAAAAUGGGAGCAAAACACUGCAUGGCCUGGACACUUAACCUUGACCAACAAGGCACUCUAUUUUGAGGCCAUUGGACUGGCAGGUAUGAAGAAACCAUUGAGGCUUGACCUUACAGAUCAUAAUACAAGGGUUCAGAAAGCAAAGGUUGGACCAUUCGGAUCCAGGCUAUUUGACUCUGCUGUAUCUGUUUCAUCUGGCUCAAUGUCAAAUGAGUGGACAUUAGAGUUUGUUGAUUUUGGCGGAGAGAUGAGACGAGAUGUAUGGCUUGCAUUCAUCAAUGAAAUUAUCUCUGUGUAUAAGUUCAUUCGUGAAUUUGGACCAAGUGAUGAUGAUCCAGCCAUUCAUCAUGUAUAUGGUGCCCACAGAGGUAAGAAAAGAGCUGUUAGUAGUGCAGCAAACAGUAUCGCAAGGCUUCAAUCUCUGCAAUUCAUACGAAGAUUACACGAGGAUCCAGCUAAAUUAGUACAGUUCUCCUACCUAUCGGGUGCACCAUUUGGGGAUGUUGUUCUUCAGACCCUAGCAGUGAAGUUCUGGAGUGGAAAACUAAAUGCAAAUUCCAAAGUAGCAAAUCAAAGAUCUCCUCAAAGGCAUAAACAUUCCGAAGGCUCAUCUAGUGGUCAGUCACAUGUUCUUGACAUAGACGGUAGUGUGUAUUUAGGCAAGUGGAUGACGUCUCCAAGCUGGGCGUCCAGCCAUUCAGUCAGUUUUUGGAGAGGCUCUUCAGUCAAGCAUGGUGUAAUAUUGAAUAAAUCAUUAGUUGUAGCUGAUAAAAGUCUAGUAGAGAAGGCGAUGGUUGCCUGUCAAGAGAAGAGCAAAGUAGUUGAGAAGACACACGCUACAAUUGUUGCUGCUACUAUUGAAGGUAUUCCAAGCAAUAUUGACCUCUUCAAGGAACUUCUACUUCCCUUUGCAAUAAUGGCUGAAAAAUUCAACGAACUUAAGCGCUGGGAGAAUCCGCGUUCAACCGUUUGUUUUCUACUAUUAGUUUAUACCAUUAUUUUCAGGAACAUGAUCUCUUAUAUUUUCCCAUUUACCUUGAUGGCGAUGUCCCUUUCCAUGCUUGCCCUGAAAGGGCUGAAAGAACAAGGCCGGCUGGGCAGAUCUUUUGGCCAAGUGACAAUAAGGGAUCAACCACCUUCCAACACAAUUCAAAAGAUAGUAGCUCUUAAAGAGGCAAUGGCCUCGGUGGAAAAUUAUCUCCAGCACCUCAACGUCUCUCUUCUGAAGAUGCGCACAAUUUUUUUAGCAGGCCAACCUGAGGUAACAACUCAGGUCGCUCUUGUUCUUCUAGCUUCCUCUGCCGUUCUUCUCGUGUUUCCUUUCAAAUACGUCCUUGCCUUCUUCACACUUGAUCUCUUCACAAGGGAGCUAGAGUUCCGUAGGGAAACGGUAGCAGCGUUCAGAAGGUUAGUUAAGGAACGCUGGGAGUCGAUACACGCUACCCCUGUGACAGUGUUGCCAUACGAGGGUGGCGAAAACGGCAACAGGACACUACCUGCAAGAGCUUCCGGGCAGACAGAAUCUAAAGGCGUGCAAGACCAAAGCAGUGACACUUAUGUGAACUCAAGUAGUACUGGAAUCCGCACCUCGUGAUUUUUGAAGUGUUCUGCUGUGUUGUAAUGUACAGCUGUAACUUGUACAUAACUAGGCAUAGUUAAGUUUGUCGUACCAAAUUCGAGGAUUUUGCAUGGGCUUUUGGAAAAACAGCAACAGGAAAAGGAGAACACCAUAAACUGCCAUGGGAUAGUUCAGCUACCUUCUAAAAGAUCACGAGCAACCAUUUAGUAUUUCA